ACGUGAUCUGUCUGAAAUCACUGCAUGGUGCGCUUCGAGGAUGGUCUAUUGGAAUAAGGAUGCUGCUUACGCGCUGUCGAGUUGCAAAAUUUUGGCAUGGCCUGUAGGAGCGUGGCCGAUUGAGGAUGACACUUUUUAUUCAAGAAUACGUUGGCUAUUUGCGAUCAUAAGCGAGAUUUUGCUGGUGACAACACUCGUAAUGGACGUGUAUCUCGCUUGCAAGAACACCACCGAGGAUCCGAUUGAUACAUAUGUGGUGCUCGCAAGCGCGAUAUUGGUAAUUGUCAAACUCACUCUGCUGCGCUUGCAACGAUCCACACUCUCGAUCAACAUUUACUCCGCUGUCCAGGAUUGGUACAGCGUGAAGAAUGUGAAAUCGCGCGAUAUCAUGAUCUAUCAUGCUCGCACGGCGAGAAUAAUCUCAUUAUCAUUGUUUUAUUCCGGAUUCUUCGCCUUUAUGCUUUACAUGUUGAAGCUCUUGCCGUUCGUAAACGGGACCAAUGAAAGGGUGUUUUAUCUUCCGACAUCCUGCCUCUUCAAGUCGGUUUCCAAUCUGCAAUAUGUUCUCAUUACGUUCUAUCAGGUAGUUCAAUUGCUCAUCACGUACGCUGGAAAUUGCUGUACGGAAGGGAUUUUUGUCGGUAUCACGAUGCAUCUGUGCGGGCAGCUUGAACUUCUAAUGAUCGACUUUCGGCAGAUUGAUCAGCACAAGAAAGAGUGCAAAAGAGGCAGUAUCUUUAAAGAACUCGUCGUUAGGCAUCGACAAUUGUUAAGACUUACAGAGACCAUCGAAGAUUCCUAUAAUAUGAUAAUUUUGACUCAAACUCUCACCAGUGCCAUUUUGAUAUGUAUAACAGGUUUCGGGCUCAUCGAAUCUUUGUAUAUUCACGACACAAUUAUGAUGGUGAAGAGCAUUGUAAUAAUGAUCGUCAUGUUGCUACAAUCUUUCCUGUAUUCAUACGCGGGCGAUAAUUUGAGAGAUCAAAGCGAGGCCCUGUCCUUUGCCCUUUAUGAUAGCAACUGGUGCGAUUUUUCGCCCAAUGACAUAAGAGAUCUGGCGUUUAUUAUGUUAAAAACUAACAUAUCUAUUCGUCUAACAGCCGGAAAAUUCUUCUACGUAACACGUGCCACCUUCACGGAUAUCUUGAAGACGGCAGUAUCUUACUUGUCUGCUUUACGCGUUAUGAUUGAAAAACAAGAAACAAAUAGUCAUUAA